AAGGAGCUGCAGCAGACGAAGAAGAAGAAGACGGAGACGGUGGUGUAGCUCCACACCGCUUUUCUUUUUUAAGCUAAUUUCCACUAUGUUCAAAGCAAUGACAGAGACUUGCUCUGUUUUCGGGUGCAAAGCUGAUAAAGAAAUCGUGAGCCUUCACGUUUUACCUAAAGAUGUGAACAUCCGGAUGAAAUGGGUGCAUUUUAUUUGGAAAAACCGCAACAUCCCUACCAAACUUCCAGAUAGGACUCGGGUUUGCAGCAGUCAUUUCCCAGAAACCUGCUUUGAAAAUUUUAUCCAGAAACAGAUGGGUUUCGCCACCAAACUUAUCCUGAAGCCAGACGCUGUUCCGACCAUUUAUCCCGGAGAUGGAGCGAGUACCAGCCAUCAUAUUAGACCUCCGAGUAUUACUGCUCUGAGAUCACACACUAGAGAUGUGGGCUGUCAGUGUGAACCACUGGAGAAACCUCAGAGGACAGUGUCCACUCAGCUGUCACAUCUCACUUUAAGACACAGACGAAGUCAAGCUAUCCAAGUCAAGCCACCCACCAAAGCGUUUGGAAUCAACACAGACGUGUCUUCAGGCUUCGGAGGAUUUCUUUCCACUACUGUAAAAGAGGAGCUUCCACCGUUGAAAAGGAGACGCAUCGAUGCUUUGGCGGACGGUACAGAGGAGUCAGAGGACCCCCUGCCAGAUCCUGAUGACAUUUCACACCAUCAGAGCACCUCCGCCUUUACUGACAAAACCAAUGUGAGCCCCGUGACAUCGGUACAAGAUGUCACCAAGUAUAUUGUCUACGAGGACUGCCUGCUCAGCCUGUUUCAUACCUGCCCCUGUUGUGGACAGACUUGUCAGGUGAACAAGUUUGUCCGGGGAACCUUUCUGUCAGUAUCACAGAGAUGUCCUUUCUGCCAGCUCAGCCGCAAGUGGAACAGUCAGCCGAUCAUUGGCAGCACCCCGGCAGGAAACCUGCAUCUGUCUGCAGCUGUCAACUUCACCGGCUCCUCAUUCAGACAGUUUAACAAGGUUAUGUCUGCACUCAAGGUUCGAACCAUAGCCGAAACGACAUAUUUUGAUCAUGCCAGAUCGUACAUGGAUCCGUGUGUUUUCUCCACAUGGAAGCGCUUACAAGCAGACCUCAUCCAGACUCUGAGCCAGGGGGAUGAUGUGACACUGGGAGGCGACAUGCGAGCCAAGAUCCCAGGACACAACGAUAAAUAUGGUUCCUACUCAGUGAUGGACCUCCAUAACGGAACCAUUGUGGAUGUCCAGCUGAUGCAGAGCAGUGAAGUUGGCAGCAGUGCGAACAUGGAGAAAGAGGGCCUGAUCAGGAGUCUGAGUUUCCUGGAGGCGUCUGGGGUGAAGAUAAACACCGUAGUGACGGACACGCACCCACAAAUACAGAAGUAUCUGAAAGAGCAGAAACCAGAAGUCACACAUUUUUAUGACAUGUGGCACGCAGCAAAAGGUGUUUCUAAGAAGGUGGAGGCUCUGGCCAAGGAACAGAAGUGUGACAAGGUGAAAAAAUGGCAGAAGCGUGUUGUCAACCACCUUUACUGGUCCUCCACCUCUUCGUCGUCAGGGGAAGAAGCUGUCGCUAAAUGGGCGUCAAUAUCCAACCAUGUGCAGAACAUCCACAGCCACGACAAUGCCCUGUUCCCAGAGUGUCAGCACUCUGGGACUGAUGAGAGGCCCUCCAGGAAGUGGCUGAAGCCUGCGUCAAAGCCCGCCUUCAAGUUCCAGAGGAUUGUGGAGAACAAACGUCUGAUGAGAGACGUUGCAAAACUUAGUCCGACCCAUCAGAUGUCGGUGAUUGAGAGGUUCCACAGUGUGUUUCUGCGGUUUGCCCCCAAAAAUCUGGUGUUCUCCUACCGUGGAAUGCUGUGCAGGUUGUAUUUGUCGGCCAUUCAUUUCAACGAAAAUGUGACGAGAGGUCAACUGAAGACCAAAGAUGGAGCCCUUGUCUACAAAAUCAAGUGCCCAAAGACUAAGAAGGGGCAAUGCUCCAUUCAGGCUGUCAAGACUAAGCCAACAUCUGGCUACGUGGACAACCUGCUCCAGAUCCUCUUCAAUGAGGUGCUCAAUGAUCCUGGAAGAUUUACCGCUGAGCUGGACCAGCUGAUCGCCCCAGAACUUCCGUCUACUGAGCCCAGAAGGUCUGACAGGGACGAGGCCAUUGCUGGGAUUUUGACACGAUUUAGUUGUCCAGGAGAGUGGAGUGGAAAAGAGGAGAAGUCUGAAGAACAGGAAGUGCCUCUAUCCAGUCCAAGUAGCCAAGAAAACCCGUUCACUUGAAUACGUGGAGAAGCUGCUCACAACUCCGUUAACCGAGUUUAUCGCCAACUGUCGUAUUUCUUUUCCCUCUACCACUCACUGUGGACUGAAAGGCAUAAUGUGUACGAGGCAUUUUCUGACUGUUGUGUCCCACUUCAGUCACCCAGAGAGUUUCUGAAGCCAACACACUGUCCCUGUCUAUCAGGGAUCUACUGGCAAAUCUAAAACCAUGACACAGGAUGGUCGCCUGUUACUGUGGGUCCGGUUCAGCUGUGCAAUCUCACAUAUAUUUGUGUAAAAUGUAAAUAUUGUUGAAAAUAUGUAAAUAGUUUGAAGAUUUUCUUACCCUGGAUCUUUGGUUUUCUGUGCUUAAUGUUCCCAAGUGUCUUUAUUAUUCAUAAUAUUUGACUUUUACUGUCAUUUUUUUUGCAGUUGUGUAAUACAAAUAGCCUACAAAAGCAUCUGUGUGCACUUACUGUGAACAUUUACUGUUUCAAUAAAUCAACUUUUGUACUCUGAAUAAUCUUCA